AUGACAUCGAGUUCCAAAGAGAAGAAGAAGACGAAGUCCGGAAGUCCAAAAACACCCUGCUGGCAGUGUGGCGGAAUGCACUAUGUCCGGGACUGCACCUACACGAAGCACGUUUGUCGGGACUGCAAGCAAACCGGCCACAAAGAAGGCCAAACGCACCACUGUGCGGUGGAUAUCAACGGGUUUCAAGUCACUCUGCAGUUGGACACCGCGUCCGACAUCACCAUCGUUUCGAAGAAGCAGUGGAAGAAGAACCUGGGCUCGCCAACGCUGACUCCCACAACACGGACUGCCCGGACUGCGUCGGGUGACGCUUUUCAUCUACUUGGUGAACUCCGAUACCCAAUCAAACUCGGAGGUGUCACCAAAACCGCAACUUUCUACGUGACCAACAACAGCAUCAACCUGAUCGGUCUGGACUGGAUCGAGCUGUUCAAGCUGUGGGACACCCCGCUAUCUGCAAUCUGCAACCAGGUCCACGUUGCCGACGGACAAGACAAUCAAAUCCAAGUGUACAAAGCUGCGUAUCCCGAAGUGUUCAAGAACGGCCUCGGACACUGCAAGAAGAUGAAGGUCCGACUCUAUCUCAAGCCCGAUGCCAAACCCGUUUUCAAACCGAAGCGCCCAGUUCCUUUCACGUCCAUGGAGAAGAUCGAUGCGGAGCUGGACCGACUUCAAUCGCUGGGCAUCAUCACGCCUGUCGAUUUCUCGCAGUGGGCGGCUCCGAUCGUCGUAGUGAAGAAGCCCGGAGGAAAAGUACGAAUCUGUGCCGAUUACUCAACUGGACUGAACGCUGUCCUGGAGCCCAACCAUCACCCGCUACCGGUUCCUUAUGACAUCUUUACCAAGCUAAAUGGGUGCCGGUAUUUCAGCGUCAUCGACCUGAGUGAAGCCUAUCUUCAAGUGGAAGUUGACGACGACUCGAAGCAGCUGCUCACAAUCAUCACGCAUCGAGGUCUCUUCCGCUUCAACCGGCUCGCACCAGGAGUAAAAUCCGUUCCCGGGGCCUUCCAGCAGUUGAUGAACAGCAUGGUUGCUGAUCUCGACGGAGUGGACACGUUUCUGGACGACAUCUUCGUGGCCAGCAAAACCGAAGAGGAGCACCACAAGAUGCUCAACGCCUUCAAGCCUACGGUUUCGUUCUGA